AUGUCCAACACAACAGCAGCAGCACAACCAACCCAGGAGAUUGACAUAUCACAAUUCCAUACUGUCACUGAAGGAAAAGCAACUAUUCUCUUUCCAAAGAAAAAUGAAGUAUUUUAUAACCCUGUACAGCAAUUCAAUCGUGACAUGUCCAUCGCUGCGAUCCGUACGUGGAGCGAGAUUUACACUCAAGAAAAGAUAGAUCGCUUAGAAAAGAAACUUAGUAGAGCCAAAGAUGAAAAUACAGCAGCAGCCAUCCAGAAGAAUAUAGAUGAUCUCAAGAACAAUGAUAAUUUCACAAUUUUAGAAGCGCUGGCAGCUAGUGGUCUUAGAUCAGUUCGUUACGCCAAAGAAAUCCCAAAGUUAAAGCAAGUCGUUUGUAAUGAUAUUGAAGAAGAAGCAAUUGAAGCUAUGAAGAGAAAUAUAGCGUAUAAUGGCUUAUCUGAGGAGUUAGUGAGGCCCAAUCACGGUGAUGCAAUGCGAGUGAUGUAUGAUAAAGUAGGCACAAACGAGAAAUUCGACGUGAUUGAUUUAGAUCCUUACGGCAGUGCUGCACCUUUUGUGGACGGUGCUGUUCAGGCUGUUGCUGAAGGCGGUCUUUUAUGUGUUACAUGUACCGAUCUUGCUAUUCUUGCUGGUUCCAUGCAUCCAGAGACUUGUUUUGGUAAAUAUGGUGGUAUGCCAUUGAAGUAUAUGUUCCCUCAUGAAAUGGCACUUCGUUUGGUUUUACAGAUGCUGCAAACAUCGGCUGGUCGAUACAAGCGACAUAUUGUACCCCUUGUAUCUUGCAGUAUUGAUUUUUAUUUGCGUGUUUUUGUACGUGUAUAUACUUCGCCCAAAGAAGUGAAGAAAUCCGCAACCAACAUGGCCAUUGUUUAUGAAUGCUCUGGCUGUCAUGCAUAUACUGCACAACCUCUUGGUAAAAUUAGUGUCAAGGAAAGCAACGGUGCAGAAAGACACACACCCGCUACUGGGCCUGUAGUCGGUCGUUUUUGUGAAAGUUGUAACAGUAUUCACCAUAUUGGUGGCCCUGCUUGGGGGGCGAAGAUUCACAACAAUGAAUUUGUAAAAAAAAUGCUACAGCAUGUGAACGACAAUAAGGAUUGCUAUGGUACAUCGGCUCGUAUGAAGGGUAUGCUUUCUGUCAUUAAAGAAGAAAUCGAUGUACCUUUCUAUUGGACUUUGGCAAGACUGUGCGGCACGAUUCAUUGUAACAGCAUUCCUAUGGUUGACCUUAACUCUGCUAUUUUGAAUGCUGGAUAUAAGGUAUCUGCCUCUCACUGUGGUAAGCAAACCAUCAAAACAGAUGCUCCUCCUUCGGUAAUGUGGGAUAUCAUGAGAGCUUGGGUGAAGAAGCAUCCUGUGGUGAUGGAUAAUAUCUCUGAAAAUUCUCCAGCAAGAACCAUUCUUGCUAAAGAACCUUCCAUUGAAGUUAAUUUCACCAAACAUCCCAACGCUGUUGCAGAAUCAAAGGCUGAACAUUUGGUACGUUAUCAAAUGAAUCCUACUCCCAACUGGGGUCCCAAAGCAAGAGCUGGUCAAAAACGAAAGACAGAUGAACAGGUCUUUUAA